AUGUUUCCUAAAAUGCUUGGACAUUUGCCUUAUCCUUCUAUUUCUCUAUACAAAUACGUUGCUUCUGAAAAUUCAUCCAAACAACUUUCAAUAAAUGAAAAACGUUUUGGCGAUCGUUUAACAACAUUUUAUCGAAAUAAAGGCACACAAAUACAUAUUUUGGCCCCUUUAAGCGGCUCUGAGGAAAGUACUUCUUUAGCAAGUACAAAUACUAGUGAAAGUGAACAAAAGAAAAAAUCAUUAAAAUCACAAGCUAAAGAUAGAUUAUCGAGACUUUUUGAAUAA